AUGAAAUACCCCGUGCCUUUUUUAAUAGUGCCUUUAAAUUUUUAUCUUGGGUGUAGUUUUAAUUUAGAUACAAGUAUUCCAGUUAUAAAAAGAGGACAAGUUAAUUCUUAUUUUGGAUUUUCAGUUGCUCAGCAUCAAAGUAUUGACGAUGUUACAAAAAAUAUUACUAAUACUUGGCUUUUAGUCGGAGCUCCUCUUGGUAAAAAUUUACAGCCUGGAACGAAUCAUAGUGGAGCUUUAUGGAAAUGCCCAUUAACAACAGUGACUGAUGAUUGCAUUCAGGUUAUAACUGAUGGGCAAAGAGUAAUUGAUUCGAAAGAUCUUUAUCCUCCGUUAGAAGAUGAAAUAAAAGACGGACAAUGGAUGGGAGUCACGGUGAAAUCUCAAAAACCUGGCGGAAAAGUGUUGGUAUGCGCACACAGGUAUAUAAGAAAAGGAAUUGAUUUUCAAUGGGGGCACGGUUUAUGUUAUACACUAAGUCAAUAUUUAGACUACGAAGAAACAUGGGAGCCGUGCAAGGGGCGACCUGUCGAUAGAGCGCACGAAGAUUACGGAUAUUGUCAAGCCGGAACUUCCGGAUUUCUAUUAGAAGAUGAUACGGCAUUAAUUGGAACUCCCGGAGUUUAUACCUGGAGAGGAACUGUUUUUGUUAUGUCUUUUUCUGAAAAUUAUUUACACCGUGAUAAAACACAAUAUUAUGGGCCUCAUCAAAAAAACACUUCACCCGUUGACAAAUACAGUUAUUUAGGAAUGUCUGUCGUGGGAGCAAAAUUUUUGGAAAAUGAAAUGUCUUAUGCUGCUGGUGCUCCUCGUUCUAACGGCACAGGUCAAGUUAUCAUUUUUAGCAAAACGAAAAAAGGUUCGAAAGACGCUAUCAUGUCCACAAGGCUAAUUAUAAACGGAGAGCAAUUCGCCUCGAGCUUUGGUUAUGAAAUUUCUACCGCCGACGUAAACGGCGACAGGCUUCCCGAUUUAAUUGUUGGAGCUCCUUUUUACUUCGAUAAAGAAUCCGGAGGUUCCGUGUACAUUUAUUAUAAUAACGCAGACCGUUGCCUUUCGUGUGAUAAACCUCAGAAACUGACUGGAAAAAUAGAAUCGCGAUUCGGUUUUGCCAUAACGAGUUUAGGAGAUUUAAACAAGGAUGGUACAGAUGACAUUGCCGUAGGUUCUCCCUAUGAAGAUGACGGUGCUGUUUAUGUUUAUUUGGGUUCGCCAAAAGAAACUUUUCAAUUGAAUCGAAAAUUUUCCCGAGUUUGGUUUGGACCUGACGGUGAAACUCGGCCCUCUUUUUCAUCGAGUACGAUUGUUUUAAAAAAAAAAGAACCUAAAGGUGUAUUGACACAUUGUCAGGAACACAUAGUUUAUGUUAAGGAAAAUACGCGAGAUAUUCAAUCACCGAUAAAAAUGAAACUGAGUUAUUCUUUGGUUCAGGAUAACCCCACGAUGCCUGAUUCAGAAAAGCCUCUACCAUCUAUCGAUGAUUAUCCAAUACUUAACCAACAAGAAGCGGCCAAAAUACUCGUUGCCACAUUUCAAAAAGAUUGCGGUAACGACGAUAUUUGCCAGAGUCGUUUAAAUUUAGAUGCUAUUUUGGAUUUACCAAAAAGCGGACGAGAUAAUAUGUGGACGUUUUUAUUGGGUGCUUUUGACGAUAUACCUCUUAAUGUGACCGUUAAAAACGCGGGUGAAAGUGCUUACGAAACGCAAUUAUUUAUUUUUCAUCCUGCCACCGUACCUUACAAUCGUAUUGAAACUGAGUCGAAAACAGUAUCUUGUCAAAGCUUUAACAAAACAACAGUUUCAUGUAAUAUCGGAAAUCCAUUGAAAACGAACACGACGGUUAAUUUUCAAAUAAAAUUUGAUUCGAAGCAAUUGGAUGAUAGCGAAACAGAAUUGAAUUACAUGGUCAAAGUCAACACGACAUCUUUUCAAGUAGAACCUCAAUUACCGGUUACCCUUAAAGCGGAAGUCGUAAAAAAAGCGGAAGUUUCAUUGAAAGGUUCGGCUCGUCCAGAACAAGUUUUCUACGGUGGUCCAAUUAGAGGUGAAAGUGCCAUGAUUUUUAAAGAUGACAUCGGAUCAAAAGUGGUUCAUACAUUUCAAAUUUACAAUGCGGGACCAGGAAAAUUGAAAAAUUUAGAAGUACAAGUUAAAUGGCCCUUUCAAGUGGCCAACAACAAGCCUCAAGGGAAAUGGCUUCUUUAUUUAGAUGAAGCUCCCGUUGUCGAAGCCAUCGGUGGUGGACAAUGCUACCUAAGAGCAGAAGAUAUAAAUCCUUUACGUCUCGAUCAAAGACCCGGAUUUUACGAGUCGACAACAACCGAAAGAUUUUUUUUCAACGAUUACGACAAUAGUUCAUCCGUCGAACAAUUGCCUUUGAGAGGUGGUGGUAGAAGGAGAAGAGACGAAGAAAUGGUCGUUCGAACUGAAAAAAUUGUUGAUUUGGAGGGAAGGAAACACACGAUCGUUAACAUGAAUUGUAUAAACGGAACUGCCAAGUGUUUGAAAUUUAAAUGCGUCGUUUAUAAUUUGCCCAAAAAUCACGAGGCCAUCGUUCGAAUCAGUGCUCGACUAUGGAAUUCAACACUCGUAGAAGAUUAUUCUCAUCUCGAUUAUGUAAUAAUAUCAUCAUAUGCUGAAAUAUUACUCGCGAGCAUCAACAACGUUCAUCAAAAUACGAGUGACGACAUUUCUCACGCUACGACAUAUGCUUAUCCGGAAUCUCUGGAAGGAGCAGAAUCGGAAAACGUACCACCCUGGAUAGUGAUCGUCGCCGCAUGUGCCGGUAUACUUUUACUUCUUUUAAUUGUUUUUGUACUUUGGAAAAUUGGAUUUUUUAACAGACGUCGACCGGAUCCAACACUUUCUGGUAAUCUUCAAAAAGCAACGCAAGAAUGA